AUGAGGGCAGCACUUCCUUUAAUGUUAGCAGUACUGCAGUUAUGUGCAUCACCACUGCACUCAAUCCCCACUCCAGAUCUUACUGCAGAAAACAAGAUCCAUCUAAACCCUGACUUGGGGGAUGUGGUACCACCUCUUGAUGCCUGGACUACAGUAGUAAAUUCUGAUACUCCCCCCGAGUUAGUGUCCGUGGAUCAGGGGAGCUCAGAAUUCAUGUUUCAGGAAAAUGUCAACUUAAAGUGGGUUAGCUGGGAAGGCUCACUUCCAAAUGGGGCAGUAGGCAUCUACAAUGGUUAUGCAGGACGCACUGACUAUGUGUGCAAAUUCAACUGUGAGGCUGGGUUCUACAACCCAAGCAAAGGCCCAUACUGCAAAUACCCUUAUGCAGAUGCUGAGUACACUGCCACUAAGUUUGAGGUGUUGGUCAAUGAAGACCAUUUUGAGUUCCUGGAAUGGAAAGAGGGCUCCUAUGGUUCUGUGCCCAAACAUUCAGUGAAUACUUGUCCUGGAAUUGACAUCUUUGUCGGCAAAAACAAAUAUGGGCUAGGUAAAGUUGUUACUAAACAUGAGGCCUUCUUCCUGCCUUGGGAAGGCAAGGAGUACUGGUACAAGUCAUAUGAUGCCCUGGCCAUUAACAGGGACACCUACAGCCAGCAAAUCUCCCAUGUCGUGUAUGCAAUUGACCAAGUCAAGCUGUUCCAUCAUCCACCAGAGACCAUCCAAAUGGCCAGGGCCACCAAUUAUGAGUGCUCCAGCAUUGAAAAGACAGUUCUUUUGCAGAAGACUAGCACUGUAGAGAAGUUCUGGGACAUUGGUAGAGAAACCCGCAAUGGAUCCACCUCAACCAUGAAUGGGAAAAUCCCAAUCAUCAACCCAGACAAUGUGGACUUCACCAAAGAACAGACGGUGAGUUUUUCUGAAGGGACAAAGAUGAUUGAGACCAUCAGCCACUCCAUGUCUGUACAGAUCUUGGUCCCACCAAACCAUUCAUGCUUAGUGAGAAUGGAGGCACGAAGGAUGACUGCUGAUAUCCCGUUCACAGCCCGGCUGAGUCGUACAUACACCAAUGGAAACACUCACUGGACCACUGUCACUGGGACAUAUGAUGGCGUGAAGAUUGGAGAAAUCAAUGCCGUGGUGGAACGCUGUAAUCCUAUCCCCGAUGCCCCUCCAUGCUUUUAUGGAAGUGACUGAGGGCAAAGGAUCUUCCCUUACACUUCCACAUUUGCAUCACAGAAUAAAAAAAAUCCACUACUGUGUAACAUGGUAAUAUCAUGAAUUAACUGCCUUAAUAGCAUGUAUCAGUGUUAAUAAACAACAUGUUGCAGUUGUAGAUCAUUGUAUUUUUCAGUAGUUUGAUACAAAUUUGAUCAUACUGAUUUGCAAACUAAACUUUAUCCAUUUUCAACAAUAAUCUAUUUGAGAGUUGGAUACCAGAGAGUUGGAUACCAGAAAAAAUACAGACAUUUUUCCCCCACAGAUGCAGCCAGGAAACCCAAUUUUUAAUGUUGAUUUGGAAAAUGGUAUUCACUUUCAACUAUUAUCUAGACACAUACUCCAUAUUGAUAAGUGACUAACCAGAACAUGAAAAGCUUGUAUAAUGCUAGAUGCAAUA